GGUUUCGUGCUGGUGGCGGUGGGGAUCCUCCUUUCGACCCUCGGAUUCAUGCUCUUCUUCAACAGAUCCCUGAUCGGCACAGGGAAUCUCACGACCAUCUUGGGUGUGGUUCUCAUUGCGGGCAAGAAGCGAGCAUCCAACUUCAUGUUUCGCUGGGAGAGGGCGCGAGGGACGAGCAUCUUCCUCCUCGGCGUCUACUUUGUUCUGAGAGGACGGGCGCGACUGGGCGUGAUGAUUGAACUGUUCGGGAUCCUGAACCUCUUUGGAAACUUCAUCCCGUCGCUCCUCAACCUCAUCAAGAAGCUCCCGGUC